AUGACAGCCACUCCUAUAUCGUGGGCGCCUCCCGUGUAUCCACCAACUACGAUAGACAAUGAUGGGACACUCGUGAAUAGAUACGACGCUCGGAAAACAUUAGCAUAUGUUACAACAGACACCAACAACGUGAACAAUGUCUUCAUGCUCUACUGGAUCACAACAAAGGAUGGACUCAAAUAUCACUUGACAAGCAACGCAGGCUUGCGCGGGGCCGACCUACUUGGCACAUUUAUUUCCUUGAAUGACCUCCAGGACCUUACUUCGCGGGGAGCUUCAAUCCUUCAUCCUGGCUCUGGAAAUCCCGAUCGCCUGGAGCUGAAGAGCGCCACGCAGAGCAUCACUAGCCCUGAAGGGGGUGAUCAAUGGACCAAUACCCACCUUGAGCUCGACUUUGUUGGAAUCAAACUCGACAUGACUAUACAGCCUACGGGUGGCAACUUCUACUACGGCGGCGGAGGCGGCGUCCAGCUGGUCAAUCGGGGACCAGACCCUGACGGCUCUACUGCGCUUCCUGGAUGGUCCUGGUAUUGGGCCAACCCUACAACCCGUCUUGAGGGGCACCUUGUAAUCGAUGGAAAACAACACGAGAUUGAUCCGGAACAGUCAUACGCCUUGUUCGAAAGACAAUGGGGCAAUUUCCACAUUGGCAAAGGCUACUAUGCCCUGUGGUUUUACCUGGAGUCUGGAGAGGUUCUCAUAUCGUGGUCCAUGGAACCAAGCAUCGACGGUGAAUCGAAAAUCGCUUUCGCUUCUGUUUGGCACCCAAACGGCCGGCAUGAAAUGUUACCAGUCGGCCCCAAGAGCCGGGCUUGGGAUAUAGAAGCUAGCCCUCGAACCGGCUUGAAGUACUUUAAUAAGUUCUUCCUGGAUUUGCCGGCACGAAAUGCCUAUUUCACGUUUGAUAAAUGGAUCCGCGACGGUGAAUUAAUCCCAAGCCUUCCAGAGCAGCGUGAUAAGUACAUUACGAUAUCUGAGUCGUACGGUGAAGGAAAAGGCUUUUGGGACGAUAAGGAGGUACAGAUUCAGGGCCAUAUUGAACAAUUAUCUCUUCUGAGAUAA